AUGCACUGGAGAUCCUGCUCUCCCCUGCUGCUGGUACUGCUUCUGAUGAGCGCAGUAAAAACUGGAGGCCAUGAGCACAGGUACCUUGAAGAUGUGCUGCAGGCUCUGGGUGUGCAUGGGGCAGAGGACCAGCCCAGACUCAAGCGACAACACAUUGGACUUCUGAUCGACAGAGUGCUCCAGGCAGUGCACUGUGAGGAGCAGUUUGACACCUCACGCGACGUGUGUGGAAAGUGCCUGACUCCAGACAUAGCCCUCUCUGUCCUGGACAAUAACAGAAGUCCGCUCCUUGCUGAAGAGGACUAUCAGAAGAUCUCUACAGUGUUGCUUUACUACAUCAUUAACUUACAAGACUUGUGCAUACCAAAUAUGGCUUCCUCUCUCACAUCCUCCUCUCCUUCAUCAUCUUCUGAGAAUUAUCAGUUUUACCUAUUGGCCCUGGCUAACCUGCACCCCGCAGAGGACAAUCUCUUUUUAUCACUGAAUGAAACUGGAAGCAUUCUACAGCUUAUCAACAGAUAUUACCAUCCAGCACACCAAGACUCUGAUACGCAAUGUGUUGAUGCAGCUCAUCUUCUCAGGGAUAUUGAUGCUGAAGAAGAUCUUGGUGCCGACAUGUCCGCUGUGCCUAAACUGUCUUCAGCUAUCAUCAGUCACGUACUGUUGGGAUACUGUUUCCAACAAAGAAAUCUCCCCUCUCCAACAUUCUUCACAGACUACAUCUUCGAAUCCUUAAACUGCACAAGCAAUCUCCAGAUAUUUGAUUUAGAAGAGUUGCUUCAUCAGUUGGGAGUGGGGCAUGAAGAUAUGACACACCAUCACAGCAGAAAGAGGCGGAGCAUCACUAGAAAUACACAAAAACAUAAAGAGCAUCAGUUAGCAGAGAGUGCCUGUGAUGAGGAGAAUAAAGCAACUACCAGUGACUGGGCCCAGGUCUGUUUUUCUGCCAAUCAGUUGGUGGAUAUUUUUGCUCUGGAUCCUUAUUUGCCAAUUUCCAAGGACCACUUCAGACAAAUUUGUCCUGCCAUUAUUCAGCAGUUGCUAGGCAAUGCUUGUGAGUCUGCAGAGUCAAACACAAGAGGACCUCAGCCCACUGCUUUGGAGAAGUAUGGCUACAGUACAAUCGCAGUUUUGCUCAUCACUCUUGGGUCUAUGCUUGGCACUUGCCUGAUCUUCUUCCACUCCUGCCAGGAGACUUACACCCUGAUCCUCCAGCUGUUUGUAGGCCUGGCAGUGGGGACCCUGUCUGGGGAUGCACUGCUUCACCUCAUCCCACAGAUCCUAGGUCUUCAUCAUCACAAGCACAUUAAUGAAGAUGAACAUUUUGCCGAAGGAAAGGACCAUCUUUGGAAACUUGUGGGCAUGAUAGCUGGAAUCUAUGUUUUUUUCCUUAUUGAAAAGAUAUUUGCAUUUGUGGUUCCAUCUCAUGCUCAUGGUCAUGGACUUCCUUUGGAGCUCAACUGCAAUGGUCAGUCUCAGAGGAGCAAGUCCAUCUCCACUAUACAGCUGGGCCCUGUGGAUGAAUUAGAUUGUGCUGAAAUGUCCCCAGAACACACAAACAUCAGACGUCAUCCAAAACAGAAACAAGGCGUUCCUCUGCUGGCCGUGAUGGUUAUUGUGGGAGACAGCCUUCAUAACUUUGCCGACGGCCUGGUUAUCGGGGCAGCCUUCUCUUCAUCGGCAGAGACUGGCAUGGCGACUACAGUGGCUAUCCUGUGUCAUGAGAUACCGCAUGAGAUGGGAGACUUUGCGGUGCUACUAAACUCCGGCCUACCUGUGAAGACUGCUGUGCUUAUGAACUUCCUGAGCGCCCUCACUGCCUUCAUGGGCCUCUACAUUGGACUGUUUGUAUCUGCAGAGGCCCAGGUGCAGCAGUGGAUCUUCAGUGUGACAACCGGGAUCUUCCUCUAUCUCUCCCUGGUAGAAAUGCUCCCGGAGAUGAGCCGUGUGAAGACCACCCAGCCAUGCCUCAUGUUUUUUCUGCAGAAUCUUGGACUCCUGAUGGGCUGGGCCUGCCUCUUAUUACUGGCCCUCUUUGAACAUGAACUCAGAUUGUAA